UCUUGACUUAUUUUUACCUCCUAUUAUCAAUCUCUGUGACAGUGAAUGGGAAACCGCCCCAGCAAGUGGCAUCCCUCUCUCUUUUUAGUACUGGUUGAACCAGAUAUCAACUCUGAGCACAAUUCCGAGGCAUAUCAACUGAACAACUGAGUAGCACGAUUUCCAGGGGUAUCACCGUAUCAGGUCAUCCGCAUCGAUUGUUCCAAAAAGAAGCUUCUUCAUAUGGAGUCUGAAAAUGGGGUUCAAGUCGAAGAUGAAAAGAGUGGUUUUGUCGGAAUGCGAACUAAUGGAACUGGAUCGGUUCAGGACGUGAAGGAGGAUGGCAGCGUCAAAAACAAUGAACAAGCAUCUAAUGAGAAUGGCUUUUCUGAAAUGAAGGCUAAGGUGACCAUCAAGACAUCAGGGUCAGGGACUGAAUUGUCGAAGACUAAUUCAAAUGUGAAUACUAAAAAUUCGAGGACAGGUUCAAAACAUAACAGUUUGAAGAAGAAUAAGAACACUGGAAAUCAAGAUAGCUUGGGAGCUUCAGCUUUGCAUGCUCGGAAGACGAAAGCAAGCUUAACUCAGAGCCUAUCAUUCCCUGCAAGAGUUUCUCAUCCUGAUGGUAUGACGAGGAGCACUGACGCACUCACAGCGAAACUGGGUUCCAGACAUUCUCAAACCACUGGGGUGAAGGCUGAAGCUGCUCGUUCAAAUGGAACUCUCAGUUCAAGUGCCCGCUUGAAUCAGGUCAGCAAGGGAGUAGCAACAAACGCUGGGGGUACAAUCAGCAAGCGAACAUCUUUAGGGUCUGUGCCUUGCCUUCGUCAAUCCUUGUCUACAAAAUCGGUUUCUGCUAAUGGAAUUGCAAAGAAGGCAAUAUCAGAAGAAUCACCUGACCAAAAUCCAAAAUCAAUUAGAACAGGGGAGGAUGAUGCUCGCUCAACUACCUCUUCUAGUACCACUCCUCGCGGGCAGCGGAGGGCUAGUGUUGCUGGAUUUUCCUUUAGGUUGGAGGAGCGUGCUGAAAAGCGGAAAGAGUUCUUUUCAAAGCUGGAGGAAAAGAUUCAUGCAAAGGAAGCAGAAAAAAGUAACUUGCAGGCGAAAUCAAAGGAAAGCCAGGAAGCAGAGAUAAAACAGUUCCGCAAGAGCUUGACUUUCAAGGCUACACCGAUGCCAAGUUUCUACAAAGAACCCCCUCAAAAAGUUGAAUUGAAGAAGAUUCCAACCACUCGUCCGGUAUCUCCGAAGCUUGGAAGGGCCAAAAGCUCAAUAAACGAAUCCUCAGAAAAUGGAGCAACUUGUCCUGGCAACGCAGCAGCGGUCACUGACAAGGGAAAGUCGCCAAAGGAUUCUCAGGCAAAUGGUGACAAGGGAAGUUCUGCUUCAAAGAAGCAACUGAAAAGGUUCCCAUCCAAGUCCCAGAAUCGGGAACCUUUGGCUGCUAAGGCUGAAGGAAAAUCAGGCAAAAUAAAAGUGCAACCAACAGAGGGGAAAGCUUGUACAGAGGAUUCAGAAGAUAUUCAGAAUGAGUCUACUGUCCAUUCCCUUGAACUUGCAGGAGAGGUAGAGAUGGAAGCUGAUAAGAACUCUGCCGAGGACUAAGGGCCUUCUUACAUUGAUGUGAAAAAGGAAGGCUAGUGGGAUGCUGUAUUUAAAUGUUUGUAUAUUGGUUGACUACGUGUUCAUAGAUUUAUUUUAUCUUCAAAAUUGCGGAUGUACAAAUAAUUGUUUUAAUCU